AUGUCUGGUCGUGGUAAAGGUGGGAAGGGUCUGGGGAAAGGAGGUGCCAAGCGCCACCGGAAGGUUCUGCGUGAUAACAUCCAAGGGAUUACUAAGCCCGCCAUCCGACGCCUAGCUCGGCGUGGGGGGGUGAAGCGCAUCUCUGGCCUCAUCUAUGAGGAGACUCGCGGGGUGCUGAAGGUGUUCCUGGAGAACGUGAUCCGGGACGCUGUCACCUACACCGAGCACGCCAAGCGCAAGACUGUCACCGCUAUGGACGUGGUCUACGCGCUCAAGCGCCAGGGACGCACUCUGUACGGUAAUUGGCACUACCUAUGCAUGGCUCGCACUAAGCAGACUGCUCGCAAGUCCACAGGCGGUAAGGCGCCGCGGAAAGCUUGCCCGCCGCAUCCGCGGGGAAAGAGCUUAAAUCUUACACCCCCCUCAACUGUCACCAAAAAGGAACUGUUCAAGCCGCACCGCUACCGGCCCGGCACGGUGGCCCUGCGCGAGAUCCGCCGCUACCAGAAGUCCACGGAGCUGCUGAUCCGCAAGCUACCGUUCCAGCGGUUGGUGCGCGAGAUCGCGCAGGACUUCAAGACCGAUCUGCGUUUCCAGAGCUCAGCCGUGAUGGCGCUGCAGGAGGCGUGCGAGGCCUACCUGGUGGGGCUCUUCGAGGACACCAACCUCCUCUAGGUUUUCGGCAUGUCUGGUCGCGGCAAAGGCGGUAAGGGCCUUGGAAAAGGGGGCGCCAAGCGUCAUCGCAAAGUUCUGCGCGAUAACAUCCAGGGUAUCACGAAGCCCGCUAUUCGACGUCUGGCCCGGCGUGGAGGUGUGAAGCGCAUUUCUGGUCUCAUCUACGAGGAGACCCGCGGGGUGCUGAAGGUGUUUCUGGAAAACGUAAUCCGGGACGCCGUCACCUACACAGAGCACGCCAAGCGCAAGACUGUUACUGCCAUGGACGUGGUCUACGCGCUCAAGCGCCAGGGACGCACCCUUUACGGCUUCGGCGGCUGA